CCAUAGCAUGAUAACAGAACGUGUCAAUAAAAGACACUGACAAAUCGCAUUGUCGAGAUGACAGUCCGUCGACAUCUCCUCCUCGAAGAUCAGAGCCCAACACAAUAGCACUGACUCCACUAAUGGAGGCCCACGCCUUUUUCUCCCAUAAACCACAUUGUUCUCUUUUUACUAAACUCCGCAAUCCACACCUCGUUAACCAAAAUAUUAAACUCCAACCCGUUAGGUGUCAUUCUCAGAUCAAGAGCUUCGACAAUAACAAUCAACCUCGUAGAUGGAGCUUUGAAUUUCUGCGCCAGACGGAGCCUCUUCAUGUUAUUCAAACCUCCAACUCUCCCGUCUCAAUGGCCGCCACUUCCGCUUCCGAAUCUGCUUCCAAGGCUGUGAAAAAGGUCUGCCUUUUCUUCUGUCCCGAAACUAAGGCGCUUGCCGAGAGAAUUGCCGCGCAGUCCGAUGCCAUUGAGUUACGGAGCAUCAACUGGAGGACAUUUGAAGAUGGAUUUCCCAACUUAUUUAUACCCAAUGCACAUGGGAUUCGUGGGCACCAUGUAGCUUUUCUAGCAGCGUUUAGUUCCCCGGGAAAAAUCUUUGAGCAGCUGUCAGUUAUCUAUGCAUUGCCAAAACUGUUCAUUUCUUCGUUCACACUUGUGCUUCCCUUUUUCCCUACUGGUACUUCUGAACGCAUGGAGGACGAGGGAGAUGUUGCAACAGCUUUUACUCUUGCUAGAAUCUUGUCAAACAUACCCACUUCAAGGGGAGGACCUACUAGCUUAGUCACAUUUGACAUACAUGCAUUGCAGGAGAGGUUCUACUUCGGUGACAAUAUUUUACCCUUCUUUGAGAGUGGGAUACCUUUACUAAAAAAUAGGCUCCAACAGCUCCCUGAUUCGGAUAAUAUAUCCAUUGCUUUUCCUGAUGAUGGUGCCUGGAAACGAUUUCAUAAGCAGCUGCAGCAUUUCCCCAUGAUUGUUUGUAAUAAAGUCCGGGAAGGUGACCAAAGAUUUGUACGCAUCAGGGAGGGAGACCCUCGAGGAAGGCAUGUUGUGAUUGUUGACGAUUUGGUUCAAUCAGGUGGCACUCUCAUUGAAUGUCAGAAAGUGUUAGCCGCCCAUGGAGCAGCAAAAAUAAGCGCAUACGUGACACAUGGGAUUUUUCCUAACAGGUCGUGGCAACGAUUUGAACCUGAUAAUGGAGGGAACCCAGAGCUUGGACUGACCUACUUCUGGAUUACAGACUCCUGCCCAGUGACAGUGAGAGAAGUGGGUGAACAAACCACAUUUGAAGUUCUGGUCUUUCUGUCCAUAGCAGCUGCCCUUCAGAUUAAAAAGGAGUAGAAACAUCUAGUAGUAUAGCAGCUAAUUCUUGUGUGGGGAUUUUCUUCUUUACCUUUUCUACUAUUAGUAUCAUAGAGUAAUAAGAGGUAAGAAACUUUGAGGUAGCGGGAAUAUUUGAAUUUCAUUUUAUGCUUUUAUUUGCA